AUGUCCGUGAAUGAUGGCACAGAAAGGUGGAAUGACUGCAGUGUGGAGGAUGAAGUUCCAGCUUUACCAAAUUUCCUUCCAAAACGAAACCCAGGAGCGCAGCUUGUAAUGGACAGGAUCUAUUCCCCAUUGCAGCUCUUUCAGCUCUUCUUCACAGGCUCUGUGGUGGACACCAUUGUGAAGAACACAAACACCUUUGCAAAAAUUAGGUCUGAGGCUGGAAAACAUUUCCUUUGGUUGCCUUUGAAGGCAGAGGAACUGUAUUCAUACAUUGCACUUGUCAUUUACAUGGGCCUCCUCGGUGCCAAAAAUAUCAUCGAUUACUGGUCUGGCAAAGAAAUUUACCGCUUGCCCUUCCCAAAAUCCGUUAUGUCCAGGUCCAGAUUUCAGGCCAUUUCUUGGAACCUGCAUCUUUGCGAUCCUGAGGAUGAUCGAGAGAACUCACAAAAAAAGGGGACUCAAGCCUACGACAGACUUUUCAAAAUCAAGCCCCUGUACAACGACAUCGUCUCCGCUUGCAAAACUUACUUCCAUCCAGACAGACAGCUGGCAGGGGACGAGAGGAUGGUGGCUACAAGGGCACGAAUCGGCAUCAAGCAGUACAUGAAAGACAAGCCGACCAAGUGGGGCUACAAACUCUACGUGCUUGCUGAUUCUGCCUGUGGUUUCACUUGGAACUUCUUUGUCUAUGAAGGCAAAUCUUCCCUGGCCACUGGAAAAGGGCUCAGUUAUGAUUCCGUAAUGCAGCUCCUGGAUCUGUCACUUCUCGGCAAAGGCUACCAGCUGUUUAUGGAUAACUUUUACACAAGCCCAUGCCUUUUUAUGGACUUGCUCGCUAAGAAGACUCUGGCAUGUGGCACAAUACGCACCAACCGGCGGGGCUUCCCCAGAACCAAGGCAAAUGACCUCAGUCGCAGAGGCCAAAGGGGAACCAUACGAUGUCUCAGAGAUGGGAAGCUUCUCUUUGUGAAGUGGAUGGACACACGAGAGGUUACAGUGUGUUCGACGAUGCACAAGGCAUAUGACGGUGAUGCAGUCCUUAGGCGUGUCAAGAAUCCAGAGGGUGAAUGGGAAAGACGCAGAAUCCCGAUUCCAACGGCAGUGAAAGACUAUAAUAAAUAUAUAGGAGGUGUGGACCUGUCAGAUGCCCUAAUUGGGUAUUAUAAUGUCCUGCACAAAACCACAAAAUGGUACAAUACUUUUUUUUUCCAUUUUGUUGACAUUGCGGUCGUAAACCGUUUCAUUCUCCACCAGCAUCUCUCCAAAGCUCAGAACAAAAGUCCUCUCAGCCAGAAGGAAUUUAGAGAGAGACUUGUGUCUGAGCUGGCCACACAGUCCAGCACCUCAGGUGCCCCAGAGCCAUCCACAUCUCAUGCCCCAGAGCUGUCUGCAUCCACAUCGCAUGCCCCAGAGCCGUCCACAUCUGCCAUAUCAGCAGGAGAGCCAUGCUGUUCAGAGUACUUUGGGUCAAAUGCCACAAGUGGGAGGAGAGUUUGUGCUUUGUGCAAACUUUCAGGCCUCAAAGUAAAGACUCCUAUGUACUGUACAAAGUAA